UUGGGUUUAAGCGAGCGCCGCGCGACACGCACACGCACAAGCACACGGCUCUCUUGUUCCUGUAAACAAUGGGCGAAGCGGCGCAGGUUUGAGUGCUCAUAAGAUGACCUUCUCGCGACGCUCAUGGCGAUAAGCGGGCGCAACGAUCCUCUUCUCUCUACCGCACUUUUCCGUCGCCUCCGAUUCGUUCUCUCUCAACUCCAGAGGUGGAGCCACACAUCGGCGGGAGAGAACGAGAGCGCUACUCUCAGGGACUCGGGUUCGAAUCUCCCACCGAAGAAGGGUCCUUUCGAUCCUUCAACUUGGAGGACUAUGGAUUCAAGGACUGUUGGUAUUAACAAGUCGGCAAUAUCUUCUUCCACUUGGACAGUUUUGAAAGUUCUUCAAAAAAAAGGUUUCGAAGCCUAUCUUGUUGGUGGAUGUGUAAGGGACUUGCUUUUAAAGAGAACACCAAAGGAUUUUGAUGUGAUCACCACUGCUAGUCUUAAACAGAUUAGGAAACAAUUUCAUCAUUGUAGAGUUAUAGGACGUCGCUUCCCAAUAUGCCAGGUUCAAGUUUUAGGCUCCAUAAUUGAGGUUUCAAGCUUUAGCACCAUCAAUAAGAGCAACAAAGAAAGGCAACAAGUUGUUUUAUCUGAAAUAUCAGAUAAUUGUGAUGAGAAAGACAUUCUUCGCUGGAAGAAUUGUAUGGAACGAGAUUUUACUAUUAAUGGUCUGUUCUUUGAUCCCUUUGAUUCUACCAUCUAUGAUUAUGUGAAUGGAAUAAGGGACAUAAAGGCAUCAAAGGUGUGCACUGUAAUUCCAGCUCAUAUAUCAUUCAAAGAAGAUUGUGCUAGAAUUUUGCGUGGCUUGAGAAUUGUUGCUCGCCUUGGUUUUCGAUUUUCUAAGGAAACUGCAACUGCAAUACGGGAUCUUUCUUCAUCCGUAAUAACCCUCGAGAAGUCAAGGCUGCUGAUGGAACUAAACUUUAUGCUGGCUUAUGGAGCAGCUGAAUCCUCUAUAUAUUUGCUUCAGAAAUAUCAACUCCUUCAGGUGUUGCUCCCUUUUCAUGGCGCAUACCUGGCACAUCAGACCGAAGACAAAUCCACUGAAAGGACUAAUAUGCUCAUGAAGUUAUUUUCAAAUGUUGAUAAACUAUUUGCUGCUGACCGUCCAUGUGACUGCACCUUAUGGCUAGGACUGUUGGCCUUUCAUCUGACGCUGGUAAAUCACCCUCAAGAUGCUCCCGUAGUUUGGGCUUUUGCCUCUAUUAUGUAUUAUGGAAGAUGGACUAGAGCCAUAGAGUUUGUAAGACAAAAUGUUCAGUGUGCGGUUCAGUUUGUUCCUGAAAUUCUACUGCCGGCUGAAACCAAGUCUGACGAGCUACUUCUAGAAGAAACAUCACAUUUUGCAUCUUUGGUUAAGUCUUCUGUUGAUGCUUUUACCUGCAUAGACGCUCUUCAGAAGUCAUUGGCUAGAUAUCCAGAGUCUUCUCCAUGUUUAGGACUGGUCAUUGUGUCUGAGAAGAUGGGAAAAAGUGUGUCCAAACUUUUUGAUGGGCUGGAGACUGAUAUAACAUCUUAUGGUAAGAAAAGAGAAACAUAUGACAUUAACUACGCUCUGCUCAAAAAGGGGGAUCCUGAUGAAACCAGAUUUGCUAUGGGAAAAAUCAUUAUGGAUACAAUGAAUGAUGGGCUAAGUAACAGAGAAACUAGUAGUGGAAUUUCCACGCAUAGAGGCCAUGUUCCACUGUCUUCAUUAUUUAAGUAGAGAAGAUCUCACAUAUUUGGGGAAAUUUCUGGAGCUAGUUUGGGCUUUGCUAAGGGGUGUUGAGAUUAACUUGCAGAAGUUAGAGAAGGUCGGGAUUAACCGUGCUUGCUCUCGAAUAUCAUUCAUCACCAGUUUUCAAGUAAGUUAGAGAUUGUGUGGAGCUGCUCAUAGGUUUCGCGAGAAGCAUCCGAUUAAACUGCAUUAAUUGUAAGUUAAUGCAUAACAUGUGAGGACUAACUGAAAGAGUAGUUUAUUUAGUCGUACACUGAAUUGCUAGUUAUCAACAUCUAGUAUUCUGUAUAUCGUGUUGUAGCCUCACUUACAGCAUUGAAGAAUGUAUAAUCAAGAUCCUGGCUAAUCAAAAUUCUUUGCAGUUGUAUGACUAAUAAACUCUUUAAUUUUUCAUUGUUCUAA